CGUCGAGCGCGCUGCAUUGUGGGGAGUCAUUGGUCCUCCAGCGUACAGUCUCCAACCCAUCCAUCGUAAAAAUGGCUGCCUCGGCGGCAGCGGCGGCUUCUUCCCCCGGGUUGUGCCCAAGCUUCGCCGUGAUCUGCUCGUUUCUGGAGCGUUAUGGAGCGCUGCUGGACCUGCCGGAGCUCACGUUCCCGCAGCUGGAGCGCUAUCUGCAGGAAACGUCGGCAGUUCCGAAGCUGCUGGUAGACCUCCAUGUGAAGCUGCUUCGGAAAAUAGGCAAGUCCGUUUCUGCAGACAGAUGGGAGAAAUAUCUCGUAAAGAUCUGCCAGGAGUUUAACACCACCUGGGCAUGGGAACUGGAGAAGAAGGGAUAUCGCGAGAUGACUGUGGAGUGUAAGACUGGAAUUCUCAAGUACUUGUGUGAAUGCCAGUUCGAUGACAAUGUCAAGUUCAAGACGGCCAUCAACGAAGAAGACCCUGAUAAAAUGCGCCUCCAGCCCAUCGGCAGAGACAAAGACGGCCUCAUGUAUUGGUUCCAGCUUGACCAGGACCACAACGUGAGGGUGUACGUGGAGGAGCAGGAUGAUUUAGAUGGCUCAUCCUGGAAAUGUAUUGUUAGAAGCAGAAAUGAUUUGGCGCAGAUCCUUGAACUCCUGAAGACCCAGAUCGAUCCCACACUGCUGGUCAAAAAGGAUCAAGAGGAAGGUUCUUCUAGUACCAGCCCAAACCCAGAGACUGAAGAAAACAAGAAGAAAGAGGAUGAUGGAGAGGUCAAGAAAGAUAAGGAUCUAGAUGAAGAGAAGUCUCCCAAAAUUGAAAAAGAUGACACAUUAGCGCAAAUUGAUAGUGUCAAGCAGGAAAUUGCAGAGAGAAAAGAAGCACUAACAGCGGACAAGGACACUAAAGAAGAUGUCAAAGCUGAAAAGCCCAUUGUAGUCGAUGGAACCAUUAGCAAAGCGGUUAAAGAGGAGCCCAUGGAAGUAGACGAAGCAAUCAGCAUCACAUCCGAGUCAACAUCAGAAAAGAAUGGUGGCCCGCUGCCUUCAGAACACACAGGGGAGGUGAAGAAGAAAUCAGACGAGAUACAGAAAGCUUUGAAAAAUGACCAGCAAGCUAAGAUCCCCCUGAAAAAGCGCGAGAUGAAACGAAGUGAGGAUUUUGACACCACCAAUUGUGGAAGCGGUGGAAGCAGUAUCAUUGUGCGUAACCCAGCUGUAAAAGAAGUGCGGACCGCCAGCGAAGAAAACGGAUUGAGCAGUGAGAAUCUCAAUGGGAGCGUCUCACCUGCUGUAGCGGUGGAGGCUGACGGGCAGGCGAGUGACAACUUGCACAUAAAGCAGAAGGAACCGCAAACCGUUUCCAAAGAUCAGCAAGCAGAUGCUGAAGUCGAGGAAACAAAAAUACAGCUUUCUGACACAAAACAAGAAGAGGGACAUGAAGAAAAGCAGAAGAAAGAGGAGGCAACGAUGGGUAAGAGCCAAACCAACACGGAGGAAUCCAUGGAAGUGGAGGAAACUGACAUUUCAAAGGGAGAUCAAGAAACAUCACCAAAGCUAGAAGAGGCAGCUCAAACAACUGAAAAGUCACCCGAAUCUGAAGUGAUCCAGUUGAAAGCAGAUUCGGAAAAUCCUGAAGAGUCAUCUAAGAUGGAAGUUGAGGAAGAUUGUUCAAAACCUCUCGACAAGGAAGCACCUGAGCAGUCUAGUGUGACGAAACCCACAGACCAAGCUGAGAAUGAGAAGAAGCCAGAGACCAUAAAAGAGAGUCCAUGUCCUAAUGAGACAGAUAUGGAUCACAAGCGGGAAGAAAUCAAACAUGAGUCCGGCCAGACUGAUAAAAAGAGCGAUACAGCCUCGAAUGAGAACGCAGAUGCUGCAAAAGAUGACAAAACACAGAUGGGACCUGAGGCCCCCAUGGAGACUGAGACGUCUGCAUCACAAGAGCCUACAAAACAGCAAAGCACUGCUCACGAACAGAGCGGACUAGCUGUCCAAAAAGCAGACAAGCCUUGCACGUCUGAAGAAACCAAAAGUCCUGUUGAUGAAACAUCAUCUACAACUCUAAAGGACUGUGCCUUACUGGAAGGUGAUCAAAAACUUGAAUCAGGUUCCACAAAGCAGACAGAGAUACAGGAGCCACCUAAAGAGGAUAAAAACAAAGAAUCUGAACUUCUAAAUGAAGACAAGAAAUCGCCUGAAGGUUCAGAUAUAUCAAAGGAGAAGGAAGAACCAUCCUCGCCAAAAGGAAAUGAAAAGACUGAAGACUGUGAAAAAUCAACUGUAUGUGAAGAGACUAAUACGGAAUCUGCAGCCAAAGAAUCUCAUGACAGCACGUCAGAUAAUAAUACCAACAUGCCUGAUACAGAAGGAACUGAUUCAGUUGCUACCCAAAAAGACUCCGCAGAUCAGGAGAAACAGGAUGGCCUGAAAAAGACAGAGGAACCUCCUUCUCCUGCGGUAUCCAAAAUGGAGGAAGUAGUGCACGAGGAUAAGACAAUGGAAGUUACUUCAGCAGACACCAAGGAUAACGAAGUACCCACAGAUAAUAAGGAGGGAACAGAACAGAACGUGGCGGUUGAAAAAGAUCCUUCUGAUGCCACGUCAACGGAUUGUGACGCUGAACCUCAAAAGGAAGCUCGUAGUGAGAAGGGCUUGCAGGACGAGCAUCCUGUCGAGGCGAGCAAGGCUUCUACAGAAGAAUCCAGCGAGGACCAGAAAGAAAACGGUGAACAAAAAAGUACUUCCGAGAAGGACGCAAGUCUCAGUGGUGAAUCGACAGAAGACCAGAAUCAAGCAAAGGAAAAGGAGAAGACAAAGACGAGUAAAGGACAAGCAGACGAGAGUAAAGUGGCACCUGAAGUACCACAAGAAGGAAUCCGUCUGAAAAUCAAGGUCCCGGCUCACAGACGGAGAGCAGAGCUGCAGCGAGAAGAGGGAAAGGGUGACUCGGAGUCUGAGGCAAGCGAAGGGAGAUGUCUAAGGCGCUCGCCGAGGAUUUGCAGACCAACAGCCAAGCUAGCAGAAAUCCAAGACCGGAAGGUGGAGAAGAAACAAGUCACGCCUUCGGUCGAGAAGGAGAAGGAGGAAAAUGAAGAAAAGGAGGGAGAAGAAAAUGCAGUACAAAAAAAGCCAAAAGAGAAGAAGGUUGAUCAAGAAGGUCAAGCUAAACCAAAGGGGAGACGCCAAAGGCGGGUACGAUGGUCCAGGGUCCGAUCACGACGCAAAAAGAAAGGCUCAGAGGAAGAUGACGACGACGAUGAGGAGGGCGAGAGUUCAAGUGAGGAAGAGGAGACCGAGGAAGAUGACAGUGAUGAAGAUUACCAGGUGGAGAAAAAAAAGAGAAGACGGAACCGCAACAAAGAGAGGAACAGCUCUGAUACUUCUACCUCGUCUUCAGAUGACCUCCCCCCAAACGAUGACCCCUGCAAACACUGUGGCCUGCCCAACCAUCCUGAGCUGAUUCUCCUGUGCGACUCAUGUGACAGCGGUUAUCACACAGCAUGUCUCCGGCCUCCUCUCAUGAUCAUUCCUGAUGGUGAAUGGUUCUGUCCACCUUGCCAGCAUAAACUGCUUUGUGACAAGCUGGAAGAACAGUUACAGAAUCUAGAUGUGGCACUUAAAAAGAAGGAACGCGCUGAGCGAAGGAAAGAGCGUCUGGUCUACGUUGGGAUCAGUGUUGAGAAUAUAAUCACGCCUACUGUUGAAGCAGAGGAAGAAAAACAAGAAGAGGUGGUGAAAGAGAAGAAGGAGGUCAAGAAAAACAAGUCCUGCGGCCGAAGAUCAACCAGGGCCAAAAAAUAUAUAAGCUACAGGUUUGACGAGUUUGAUGAAGCUAUCGAGGAGGCGAUUGAAGAAGAUAUCAAAGAGGCUGAGGGAGGAGGAGCAGGCCGCGGUAAGGACAUGGCAAACAUCACAGGCCACCGAGGGAAGGACAUGUCCACCAUUUUGCAGGAAGAAGGGAAAGAAAAUGGGCGGCCCAAGCGUACGAAUGCUGGACAGCGGAGGAAAAAACGGCGGCGUCUCAACGACCUGGACAGCGACAGCACCAUGGAUGAAGAGGAGAGCGAGGAAGAGUUCCGCCUAAGCGACAGCAGUGAGGAGGAGGAGUUUGCGGUGUCUGAUAACGAUGUGGACAGUGAGGGAGAGGCGCAGUCCUUGGACGACAGCGACUUUGGCAGUGACGGCCGAGGACCGACUACAGGCUUUUCGUCCAGACGGAAGUCGACUAAACGGUGGAGCACGCGACCCCGCAGACGACGCAGACCCAGAGGAUAUUCUGAUGAUGAAGAGCUUGAGGAGACUGAUGAAGAGGAGGAGGAAGAAGAAAUGGUGACUGAGGGUUCCAGUGAGUUUAGUGACAGCGACCUGGACAUGCGCAGACGCCGUUCCCACCGGAGCCAGAAAAAACAGGUCAACUACUGCGAGGCGUCCGACUCGGACGGCUCCCAGGGAAGCACCAACAGGGACAAGGCCAAGAAGCGCAGGCGCUUAUCCAGCUCCGAGAGCGAUGCGAGCUUCCACUCCAUGGACUCUGACGAGGAAGAUGGAAAGAGUAAAAAGCAGAGAGUAGUCCUGUCGGAAGAGGAGUCUCGCAAACGGCGCAGGCGCCUGUCAUUGAAGCGCAGGAGGGAGUCCGAGGACGACGACAAUAGCAGCGAUUCGGAUGAUUCGGAGGAAGAGGAGCGGCCCGUCCGCAAGCGGGUGAACCGAAUUGAUUCGGAUGAUAGCGACGAGGAGGAGGAAGAGAAGGAGAAGAAGAGCACAGAGAAGGAGGCCGAGGACACCGUAGCGAAAGGGGUCAGCCCUCUUGACUAUAACCUGGAACUUCCUCCUACUAACGGACAGAGCCCCAUGAAAACUCUGGAGGGUUUCAUCUCACGUCCUGCCACUGGCAUGGCUAACCCUGCUCUCAUGAGUCAAAUAGGGCUGAAAAACAGCAGCGCGUCACAGCCCGUGCCCAUCGGCGCGAAUGGCCUGGUUCCCCAGGAGAUGGCGCCGCAGGAUGAAGACGAGGAUGACCUUUUGGGGGUCACAGACCUUGUAGACUAUGUCUGCAACAGUGAACAGUUGUAAGACAUGGCAUUUUAUUAUUAAACAUUUUUCAGAGUAAUUUUGUCUCUCCAUUUGUGGCCAAGCUCCCAUUACAUUUCUCAGUUAUAUCCCUUAUCGUUUUUGCUUUCGUAUCAUUGCCAAGCUCCACACGGGGGUCCUGGGACUCCUUACACCAGGCUCAGUGUUCUGCAAGAAACAGUGAUGAUUCUGGAGAUGUAGUGAGCAGGGUACCGGAGUCUUGAGACUCCAUUUUGCUCGCUACUGUCAAUUCAUCUAAGCUACUGCAUGAAGGUCAUUCUCUUGGCCCUCGUGUCAGUCGCAGGCAGAUAGAAGCACCUAACCACAGGUUGUAAAUAAAUUCACCAAACGAAGGUGUUGUCAGUGGGCCCAUCAUUCAAAGAUUCCCUAAGACAGUUUUAUUUUUUUAACCUUUGUGAAUAAUAUACCAAGCCUUUGGAAAACAUAGAAUCUUUCAAUCCUCUAUUUUACACUAAUGUAGCCAUUCCUUCUCAGAAAAUCAGUAUCAUUGACAUAUUCUUUCAUUUCUUUGUUGUCAGAAAGUACCCACGUGUUAUUGUUCUACACUGUUAUGGAUUUUUUGGGGGGUUGGGAAAUCAGAGGAGUUAUAAAUCAUAAAGGAGCCAUCAAGAAAUGCAUCCGAGCCAAGGUCUAGACAUGGUUACCAGCUUUUGUUAAAACCAUAUCUCUGACUGUUAAGAAAUCCAUGUACUAUAUGCGCCCCCCCCCCCCCCCCUUUUUUUUUUUUUGAAAAACAUAACACAUUGGUCAAAAAGAUGAUGUUUGGUUUGAAGCUGGUUGCUUUUGUUUAUGGAACACAUUGUAUCUGAUUAAAAGCCUAAGCUUGGUUUUGUUAUACUAUUUAUUCUUUGAAAUUGUUAUUUAACUAAUUGCAGUUCAAUCAUCUAUGGAUUCCUGAGGGCAGCAAGUGUGAAUUUUCACAAUAUGAAAAAAUCAAACAUUUCUGAGGAAGAAUUUGGAUGUGGGACUUUGUUAAAAGAAAUGCUCCAUUAUUUGGUCUUGUAGUGUAUUAUGCUAUUUUAUAGGCAGUUUCUUUCCCCGUAAUUUUUAUAGAAUCUAAAUGAUCAAACACUACGGCAGCUCGUCAGUGCAUCGAAUGCCAAAUUGAAAAAGUGUCAAUUGUGAUCCAUAUCAUCAUGUAUAUGUGUAAAACAUGGACUGUUUAGAACAAACACUUUUUUUUCCUUUUUUAUUUUAAUGCAUUUUCUUAAGGGUGGUUUAGAUUUAUCCCUCUAAAGAAAGUGUUUUAUGUCGUUUAUGUAUUAUCAGUGGAUUCCAUGCAAGUUAUUUUCAUCUCCAUUUUAAUACAAGUAUUUAAUAAAAAAGGAUCUUUUCACUGGUGUUUUUUUUUUUUUUUUUAAAUGUCAGAAGAUCCAUCAGAGCACCUCUCGACACCUCUUUUUCCGUGUUUCCGUUUUGCUCUUAUCCUGCACUAUAUAUUAACAUAUUAUGUUGUUUUCUAUAUAUACAGACUAUUACUAUUUUUUCCUUCAAUAUCUGAGCAAUAUAUUUUUCUUGUUAACAAAAUGUAUGAAGAUUUUCACUGUCCACCAAGCUACUGUUAUGAUCUUUUGCCUACGUUUGUGGGGGGCGAGACUCCCUUUGCGGUGGCAUUAAAAUAAGUCUAACACUAUGUUGACUACCCUGCAAUCAAAGCCUUCCUGUUUUUUCAGCACAGAACAGAUUAUGUUGGAAAAAUGAAUCAGUAAUGGAUUCUAACUUUGGCAGGUAAAGACUUGGACGCGUACUGUUGGAGUCAGUGGGAAAGAGUAAAGAACGUGCGAAAUGUAAAAUAUGACAUUACCCUUGCGUGUACUAUAUCUGUAGUUUUUGCUGUAACAUAGUUAGAAGCAUUUUUAAAUCAUCCGAAUGAUAUAUAUUUAGCAGUCCUUUAUGAUUGCACCUGUUUAUAGUUUUUUUUGUAGUAGGUUGUGUAACUUUUGUACAAUUUUGAAGUGUCUAAAGUGAAUUACAGCAUGUACGUUCUGUCUGAUUAUUAUUUUUUUCUUCUUUGAGCUGGAUUCCUGGGUUGAGCUCAUUUUUGUCUGUCCUAACCCAAAUCCUCACGUCACCCCUUUUCUGCAUUCUUCAUCGUUUGUUUCACUGCUUGCUAGAACUUUCUACGUAUGUAAUCUGUUCUUAGAGGGAAUCCAGUGAGUAUGUGAGCUGUAACAUCUGGGCUCAGACAAAAAAAAAGGGUGGUUAUGAGAUAAAGAGCUUUGUAAAAUGUCUUGUAAAAUAAUGUGUAAGCUUGGCAUGCUUAUCCCCUAAUCGCAUUCGUCUUUCGUCUUCAUUUUCUUUGUGCGCACCAUGAGACGCGUAGGCCAUCACGGCUAAAUCAGUUAGCUCAGUUUGUGCCUGAGUAAGAUACGACCCCCGUAACUGCUGAGCUCCUUCAGUGGUAUUUGUAUACUGAAGAAGUCCUACAUUUUAAUUUUAUCUAUAUGAAAUAAAGACAAUUGUCCUUCCCCCUUAUUUGUUUUUACCUAAAUGCAAGAUUACAUGAUAAAAGAAAAUUAAUGCCAAUAAACUGUCUUUGGUUUGGUUGUAGUUUGUGGCCUGGACAGAUGUGCACAUGGAGUAUGGUUCGGGCCUUAGCUUUUAGAUAUGUCUUCUGUCUCUGUUCUACUUUAAUUUUUUUUUUUUUAACUGUAUUGUAAUUGCUUUCAUAUAAAUACGAUCUUGUACAUUUGUCAUAAUAAAAGGGUACCGCACCUCUA